ACCCUAGCAGCAGCAGCGCUACUAAUAUUACAUAACCUCGCUGGUUACCUCUCUCCAUCACCUCAGCGGUCGCCUCUCUCUCUGUCGAUUCUCAGCAGAUCCGCCAAAAAUGCCGUUCAAGAGGUACGUUGAGAUUGGGAGAGUGGCUCUUGUCAACUACGGCAAGGAUUACGGCAAGCUCGUUGUUAUAGUCGAUGUCAUCGAUCAAAACAGAGCUCUGGUAGAUGCUCCAGAUAUGGUUAGGAGUCAAAUGAACUUCAAGAGGCUUUCACUCACUGAUAUCAAGAUUGAGAUCAACAGGGUUCCCAAGAAGAAGGCUCUAAUUGAAGCCAUGGAGAAGGCUGAUGUGAAGAACAAGUGGGAGAACAGUUCAUGGGGCAGGAGACUCACUGUGCAGAAGAGAAGGGCAUCACUUAAUGAUUUUGAUAGGUUCAAGCUCAUGUUGGCAAAGAUCAAGAAGGCAGGAAUUGUCAGGCAGGAGCUUGCUAAACUCAGAAAGGAGACAGCCUAAGAUUUGUUCACUCCUGAGCUUUUCAUUAGCUUAAAAGUUCCUAAAUUUGCUCCAGUUUCGCAGUUUUAUGUUUUUUUUUUUUGUGGCUUUUGAUUAUUUUCAUAGUUAGUGACGGAAACCAAUUAUUAUGGAUCUUGUUACGUGGAAACAUUAAUGAUAUUUCUAGACUUGCUCAUUUACAGUCCAA